AGUUUUUGGCAACCCUGGAAUCUGAUGUUUCCAAGCCUCUCUCUUCCAAGUUUGGCAUUUUUGCAUAAGAUUGAUCGCGAUAUAUCUACUUUUCAACACUUGGAGACACUGAAGACUGAAGGGUCUGAAACCGGUUAAUCGAGAUACAAUUCAAGUCAACUCUCAAAAAACAGAUUGAGCUCGAAAAUCUACUCCUGAAGACACGAGAAUUAAUCACUUCCUGGAGAAAGUCUGGCCACAUUGGUUCUUUAGACUUUUGAAGAGGAUGAAGUCUGAAGAUUGCCAAGGGCCAAGCUCCACUGGAUUUACGCCGGAUUCCAGUGGUCUGAGUGGCUCCAUGAAGAAUGGCACGGCAGCCACAAACUCGGCUAGAGCGCCUAAGAAACAAAAGUUCUGCUGCGGUGUGGUCGAAGGCUUCUACGGUCGACCUUGGACCACAGAACAGCGCAAAGAUCUCUUCCAGAAGAUGCAGAAAUGGGGCAUGAAUAGCUACAUCUACGCCCCCAAAGACGAUUGCAAGCACCGAGCCUAUUGGCGUGAGUUGUACACCGUGGAAGAGGCGGAACACCUUCAAAGUCUGAUUGAAUUGGCGGCCGAGUGCAAUAUCGACUUCUACUACGCCAUCUCUCCUGGUCUGGAUGUAGUGUACUCAAGUGCGAAGGAAGUGGGAACACUGAAGCGCAAAUUGGAACAAGUGUCCCAAUUGGGUUGUCGCUCAUUUGCCCUCCUCUUCGAUGAUAUUGAACCCGAGAUGUGCAAGCAGGACAAGGAAGUGUUCCAAUCUUUUGCCCAAGCCCAAGUCACCAUCACCAAUGACGUGUUCGAGCAUUUGGGUCGUCCGAACUUCAUGUUUUGUCCCACUCAGUAUUGCACUGCCCGAGCGGUGCCGUCCAUCAGAGCCUCCGAAUAUCUGACCACAUUGGGUGCCAAGCUAGCACCAGAAAUAAAUAUCAUGUGGACUGGAGACAAGGUGAUUUCAAAAGUGAUCUCCUUUAAAUGCUUGGAGGACAUCAAUGAAGUUCUCCAGAGGGACGUCGUUAUUUGGGACAACGAACACGCCAAUGACUAUGAUCAAAAGCGGGUGUUUUUGGGCCCCUACUCUGGGCGAUCCCCGGAAAUCAUUCAAAAGCUUAACGGCGUCAUGACCAACCCGAACUGCGAGUAUGGAGCCAACUUUGUGGGUAUCCACACCUUGGCGCAAUGGGCCAAGUGCACCAUUGACGGGACCCAGCCCCAUUCGUCGGCCAAUGAAGCCAUCUCGGCUGAUAUUAAAUUGGAAAUCCAAGAUGGAGAAGGCGGCGACAUCGAUCCCGCUCCGGUCCCAGACAAUGUGUAUCAUCCCAGAAAUGCCCUGAUCAAUGCCAUCAAAGAAUGGAUGCCGGAAUUUGACAAGCAAAAGACGGUUUGGGCCCCUAUGAGCAAACCCCAAGUGGGCCUAACCGCUCCUACUCUCAUCCCCACUGUUAAUACGUGCAUGUCAACAACCGGCACUACGAGUUUAGUCAAUGCCCUCACUCAACCGCAAAUGUCAUCGGCAGAAACGGGUAACCCUGCGGAAAUUAACGGGAACCCCGGCAACUCGACUCCCCAGACCUUGGAUGUGUCCUCAGUCCCAGCCCCGGUUCUCGCCGCAGCUGCAGUCAUGGCCGACGCCACUCCGGCCCCUUCAUCCUCGAAUUCAUCCCUCAACUCUGGCAGCAUGCUCCCACCCUCUGCCAACAUUGUCUCCAGCUCCUUACAGCCCAUUUCAGUUCCUGUGAUGAAUUCCCUGGUUUCCACCAAUAAAGUUGUAGUUGAUCACACCUUGUUAGGUGGAGAGAGCUUAUCGGGGGCAUCCACCCCGUCGUCUACCCAGAUGAUGGGCCCACCCAUUGGGGUAGCCACCAAAGCAGACUCGAAUGCAGUUGACGCAGCGGCAGCGGCUGCAUCUUCCUCUGCUGAGGAGGAUUCUCCUAUGACUCCAACUAGCCUGCCUCCUGUCACCCCCACGGCUAUUGCAGUUGCCAACACUGUUCCCGUACCUCCCAAUAUUAUCCCUGGGCCCACUUACAUGGAACCCAUGGAGGAAGAUGGCGGAACGGCUCAGAGUAACGCAAUGGAGUGCUCCAAAGAUGUCCCCAUGGAGAGUGUGACCAACCCUUCCACUCCAGCCAGCUCUACCAUGCAUGUGGAAACGGACUCCAGUCUGCACAAAGCAGAAUCCACAACAAUGUUGUGCGAGGACUCUCCGCCAGGGGGUACAAUGAGCGUUGGGCACCAAGUUCCUGUUUUGGAGGAUAACGUCACGCACAAUCCGGAAGUGACAACCAUGCUUUGUGACGAAGUGUGCACCAACAUCAAGGAUGUGCCAAACCCCAAGCUCACUAGAAAGGACUUGCUUCUUCUGUGCCAUCUCUUUUACUUGCCAUGUGACCAUGGAGCGAUCGGUAUUGACCUCCUGAAUGACUUCUUCUGGCUCAAGCGUAAUGCCAAUACCAUGCUGCCACCCGGAACCCUGGGGGCAGGAACCACCGAAGAUCGGCAAGAGUGGGAGCAGAGAGCGAACAAGUUUAAACAGAACGUCCAAGACAUUCAGACUCUGUUCGCUAAACUGUGUUCGGUCCAGAAUCGAGAACUGGUCUACGACCUGUACAUGUACCUGUGGGACAUGUGUGGAGUGGUCCAGACCUUGGAAGGGUUCGUGCAAUGGCUCUCCAAGGGGUCUUGCUCUCCCAAAUCACAAAAUUAUGUUGUGGGCCAACAAACUUGGUUUUCUGGAAUUCGAGAGGCAUUUCUAUCGGGCGAACAUGAACCGUGGAUGUUCAGAGGCGGUCUCGUUUCGGAUCUACAAAGACUCCUGCCCUUGGAUUCAGGAAAUGAUCUCUAUCUAUACAAAUUUCCGGAUGUGCCUGCCAGCCUUUUGUACUACGUGCGACCAUUCCAGCCCAAAGACGAGGAGGCCAUCUAUUCCCUGGCUGCAAAUUGGUAUGAGGAAUCAAUCGAGGCUCCUAUGGGACUUUGUGCCGCCGAUCGGGAGCUAGUGGGAGACAAGUUGGUGGGAGCUUACUUGACCCUCUGCCCUGAAUAUACAUUCGUAGCAGAGAGCUCCUUGACCGGUCAGAUCGUAGCCUAUUCACUGGCGGCCCCUGACGCCAAGACCUUCUACACCCGAUACUCUAUGGCGUGGCUGCCAGAGAUGCGGAUCAAGUACCCGCUCAAGAAGACCAACUCGGAUGAGGACAUCCUCUCCCCCAUUGAGAUCAUGGCCAGGUCGUUUCAUGGCCCUGGCGCGGAACCGGUCUUUCCCCAAUGCUUGGCCGACGCCAACCCCGACCCAGGGCAACAACCUUGGGGUGUGGCUCAAGUGCGUUUGUGCCCAAAUGUGUCUGAUGCAUCCAUGUCCAAGCGAUUGACCAUGCUUAUGUUGGCCUGUCUCAGGGCCUCUGGAACCAUUCGGAUGUUCGUGGAAGUUAAGGUCGGCGAUUUGAAAAUGCGCGAAUUUUUUUCCAAUCUGGGUUACCAUAUGGUGAACAUCCCGUCUGGAGAGAACCCCGAUGAGUUGAUGGUGAUGAGCCGAAGUUUCUAAACGACACCCCGAUUAGAUCAAAUCCUCAAAUAUCCUUGUGGAUUUUUUUGUGUGGAAAAAGCCAGGAUAUGUCAGUUAAGUUAUUUCUACAACUUUUCUUUCUGUGAAAAGCCAAGAAACGUGGGACAACAAAAUUUAUAAACCCUCACUGAUUUUUGUAUUGUACUCCUCCGGAACAAGAUGAAUUCAUUGCUCAUCGUCAAUUGCAAAAUAAAUACAGAGGUCCAUAAAACUUCAAA